AUGGCGAACAGUAUCUUCUUUCUUCUAGUUCUACAUUUUCUGAGGCUUGUCGCAGCUCAGAACGAGACUAAACAUGUCUCCGGCGAUCUUUUCAACUCCCUCGAGGAGCUAUCUCGCCUAGUGGACAUCUCCUAUUGUGUUGGAACUUCUGGAGUACAGCAGCCAUUUCAGUGCUUGAGCCGCUGUGUCGAGUUUCCCGACUUAGAGCUGGUGGCUACCUGGAAUACCGGCGUUCUCCUGUCUGACUCGUGCGGAUAUGUUGCAAUCUCACACCCCCCUUCACCGAAACGUAUCGUCAUCGCAUUCCGAGGAACCUACUCAAUAACAAAUACGAUCAUCGAUCUCUCCGCAUACCCCCAAGCCUACGUUCCAUACACCGGUGAUGAUAACAAAAUAGCUGACACCCAAUCACUCAGACCGUCCGGAUCACGUUGCGAGAACUGCACGGUUCAUGCCGGAUUCAUGGCUUCAUGGCUCGACACCCGGUCGAUAAUUCUGCCUCACAUCUCAGAAGCGAUGCAAAAAUACCCUGACUAUGAAGUGACAUUAGUAGGCCAUUCGCUCGGAGGUGCCGUGGCCGCACUAGCAGGCCUCGAGAUGCGCUUGAAGGGCUGGGACCCACAAGUAACGACAUUUGGUGAGCCGAUGCUUGGGAAUGGGGACUUUGCACAGUUCUUCGACGAACAGUUUGACUUGCAACCCACCAGGUCAAAUAAGAGCUUAUCUCAGGAUAAGAAUCGCUUUCGUCGGAUCACUCAUGUCGAUGACCCAGUUCCACUUCUCCCGUUACAGGAGUGGGGAUAUGAGCCCCAUGCGGGCGAGAUCUUCAUUUCGAAGUCCUAUCUUCCCCCGUCUCUAGGAGAUGUACACCCGUGUGUGGGUCACUACGAUCCCAGGUGUAUUGCUGGGUCAGAAGCCCCUGCUCUUCUGCGGGGAAUGUACCAUGAUAUCAACAUCCCAGUCGACCUAUCCACCUCCAGCAUGAAUCAUUGUCCAAUGCCUCUUGGAAAUCAUGCCUCUGAAUCUGGUGAGCAGGUUCUCCUUGGGCAGUGGAAAGGCCAAGAUACUACUAGCUGUAAGAUGGGUCAUUCCGAAGACAGGCUGUCUCUCAUCCGGUGGGAUUGGUCGCUUAUUCCGGCAAAGUAUCGACUCUGGGAGCUGUUUUAUGCCCAUCGUGACUAUUUCUGGAGGAUUGGCCUAUGUGUUCCUGGGGGUGACCCCAGUGGUUAG